AUGGUUUGUUCCUUUUUUUUAAUUCUGAUUCUUCUUUCUUUCUUUCUCUUUUUUUUUUUUUUUUUGAAAAAAUCCCUCAUUUUCUAUUGCCUCUUCUUUCUUUCUCUUUUUUUUGCACUCCCUCGCUUUCUAUUGCUUCUUCUUUCUUUCUUUUUUUUUGCACUCCCUCGCUUUCUAUUGCCUCUUCUUUCUUUCUUUUUUUUUGCACUCCCUCGCUUUCUAUUGCCUCUUCUUUCUUUCUCUUUCCUUCAAGAUACUUUUUUUCUCUCUUUUACUUUACUCCUUCGUUGUAAAUCUAAUUUUUAUUUAUUCAUUCAUUUAUGCUUUCAAUUCUGCUUGCAGGAUAUUUUUUCAUUCUCUUUUAAACUGUCAUUUAAUUUUUCGUUUUGCUUACCAUUUUUCAUUCAUUUAAUUUCGUUUUUUCUUCCUUUCUUGUCAAAUCAGUUUCUUUCAUUAAGUAAAAGAAAAAAGAAUUUUUUUAAGCGAUUUCUUUAUUUUUACUUUUCGUUCAUUCUCCCUCUCUCUUUCUCUGUUUCAUUCUUUCUCCCUUUCUCUCUUAUUCUUUUUCCUUCUCAAACAAUCUUCCUUUCUUUCAUUUUUGUUCCCUUUAUCUCUUUCACACUCUCACUCUUUCUCAGUUUAUUUCACUCUCUCGCUUACUAUCAUUCCUCUUCGCUCUUGUCUCCCUCUCUCAAUUUUUUCUCUAACUCACUUGUUCUUUUUUUCACUUACUCACUUCUACAUUCUUCCUUACUUUUUCUACAUUUUCCUUACUUUCUUUUCUCACUCUCCUCUUCACUUUUCCUCCGCUUCUCUAUUUACUUCUUUCUCUCUUGCUUUUCUUCGUUUCUUCGUUCACUUUCCUUUCUUCUUAGUCUUAAUAUCUCUUUUCUUUCAUUCACUCUUUUUCUGUCUUUCCUUUAUUACUUCUCGCUUCUUUUCUUCCCUUUCCCUCUCUUCGUUCUUUUUUCACCUUCCCUUUCUUUUCUCAUCUCUCUUUUAUAUUUCCCUCUCUUUUCUUUCACACAUUUGUUUUUAUUUGCCACAAUAUCACCCAAAUAUUUUCCGCCAUUUUUAACCUUUGGCCACAGUUCAUGUUUUCAGAUAUCCCUUCUUUUUCUUCUUCUUGCCCUUCUUUUUGCGCGACUUAUUUUUUGUUUUUUCUUCUGUUUCUUCUUCCGGUUUCUCUUCCUGUUCAGGCGGUUUCUCUAUGUAUACAUCUGGUAUUACCACAGUUUUGCACAUACUGUCCUUCUUCCACAUCUUCGUGGCCUUUCGGAAACCCUCUGA